AUGGAUGGCAGUUUCUGCCUCGUGCCGCAGACCGCCCGGGAGCGCGCCUGGCUCGGCGUGGGGCUGGGCGCCGGCGCCCUCGCCGCGUGGUCGUUUCAGCGGUGCUCGAGGCCGAGCGGCGUCGCGGCCGUGACCGUGACGCCCCCGCGGCGGGUGUUCAAGCUGGCCGUAGCGUCGGAGGUCGCGAAGUUCCGCACGGAGGGGCGGAUCGAGUCCGCUCUGGACUCCAAGGACGGCUUCGUGCAUCUCUCGGACCGCACGGCGCCGCCCAAGGUCGCCUCCCUCUUCUUCAAGGGUGCGGCCGACCUCUGCUUGCUGGAGUUGGACACCACGAAGCUUGCAGGCCCGGUCAGCUGGUUCGUAGGAGCGAUGGGCGACCGGCCGCCCGCUGCGGCGCAGCGCCCGGCCGGCGGCGCGACGGCGAUCCACUACCUCAUCGCCGACGGCUGCGUCCACGCGUAUUGCGGCGGCGGCGUGAGCACAAACGCCAUCGUCAGAGAGGCCCCCGUACCCCUCGGAGCCGACGGCAGGCACGUGUUCCCCGACUGGCUCUGA